AUGUCGCAGCAACUUAAUACAGCUCAGUUAUUUUUUGAAUAUUCUUUUCAAGCCACCACAUGCGUGCGCGAUGAAGACCGCGAAAACUCUGUUCAAGCCUGGCAGAGCCAACCAUGGAAUCAUCGACAACAAGAGGAAUCGGUACAACACCAGCUGCCACAACAGCACACUAACCGCCAGAUAGCUGUACGAUAUCCAGCUUCGCAACCAAUACAUCAAGAGUAUAUAAGUGGCUUAAAUCAGCGUUUAUCAUUUACAGAUUUUCUGAAUGACUCACAAGACGUAUUGCAAACAGGACAACAAUUAUCUACUGUCAUGUUUACCUCCAGUGGACGGCCAACGUAUUUUAUUUCGCAAUUGGCACACCAACAACAAACGCCGCCGGUAUAUAUAUACGAUUCGAAUCUAACUGUAAAUGAACGGUUGCCAAGUUCUAUUCAGCCACCGAAUGUGAACGGUGGUCUGUUUUCUCAACAAAAUUUACCAUGGAUUAGGGCAACAAAACUCUGUUUAAGAUAUGCGUGGAGUUUUGCCAUCGGAGUAUGUCCAAUCAAAGGUCCAUCCACCGACAGAGACAAUUCCACUCUUAUCUCAGUCACAAGCAGGUAUCCAGCAAUCAUUCCAACUACCAAACAACUUUGA